AAAGAACGAAACUUGGCAUUUACGCUCAACUGAAAAGUGAAAACAAAAGCAUAUUUAUUCAAGCCUCACAUUGAAGAAAACACUAGCAGUUAUCAUUAAUAUGGCACAUCAUCACAGAGCGCCAGACUCCAAAAGGGAGCAGUUUCGCAGGUAUCUGGAGAAAGGUGGUGUGAUCGACAGUCUCACCCAUGUUUUGGUUAAUCUUUAUGAACAACAAGACAAGCCUACCAAUGCUUUGGAAUUUAUCAUGCAGCACCUGGGCGCUGCAGGUCACACCUCUGACACAGAGGCUUUGCAGCUGGAGGUGACAGAGCUGAGACAGAAGUGUGCUCAACUCACUGAGGAGAACCAGAAGCUCAGAGCAAAGCUACACUGCUACGAACCUGAGUCUGAAAAUGGUGUGUGAACACAUUUCACACAUUUUUUAUUCUACCAACUAUUAUGUUAAGUUUACUAUAAUUUAUUCUUAACAUUGUUAUGUAAGUUAAUUUGGUGCUGCCCACAUACUUGAAGAACCUUUGCACAUAACAAGUCUUUUGGCUCUUUGUUUUGUAAUAUGCAAAAAUAACAUUCUUGAUUCAUUAUCUAAAUUUGUGACAAAGUCACCAUGUGAUUAAGAUACACCUGUUU